AUGGAAUCUCAAUCCUCCAGGCCGAAAAAGACCGACAUUGUUCGUAAGCGGACGGGAUGUCAGAACUGCAAGAGCAAACGGAAAAAGGUUAUAAACUUGUCGCCUUCGUGCGACGAAACGCGCCCCGAGUGUCUCGCCUGCGUCCGGAGAGGUCUCCAGUGCAGCGGCUAUCAGCGCCCGGUCACCUUCAAAGACGUCACUUCUUUGGCAGCGGAAUCUUCGAAGCGAUUUGAGGAGGCCAGAUGGGCUGAUCUACGUCUCGAGGAUGACCGAAGAAAACAACGUUGCGGCCGGGAACUGCAGGAAACCUCCUCUACCUCCCAGGAUGUGUCCCUCCAUGUGACCAACCUACCGCAAGAUCCCAAUGCCUUAACGGGGCAGGAGCUCGCUUCUUUGCCCACUUGGAACUCCACCAAUACAAACAUCGGUAUCAACGGCUCAUUCAUCUUGCCGUGGGCGCUGUUCGAUACCUCCAACGCGCCUGCUUCCGAUAACCUUUUCCAAGAGGCCUCAAAAGAGAUUUCCCCUGAAAGGAACCACCAUCCGACACCCUCCAUCCCAUCAAGCGGUCUGGUUACUGUAUCGAGGGGAUGGGAAGUUGAUCCGCCGCUGAUCACAGACGCACCGAGUCCUACUCUAUCGCUUACACUUUGGGACGAUCUGAUCAACUCUAAAGAUUCGUCAUCCGGACCAACAACGUCCACUCCGUCUCCUCUGGGCUCCCCAGCUGCCGAUUGCCAACUUUAUUUACCGUAUGAGGAGGUGCUGGUCCAGCAUUUCGACCGGAACGUCAUCCCUGCUAUUCCCGUGGCCCUCGCCUUCCCAAGCCUGUUCAGCCAAAGCAGCUGUUUCCGAUCCGCCGUCUUGGCACUUGCCGCAAGCAACUUGAAACUGACACGACCUCUUCCACCGGAUGCUAAGAGUCUCCGAGAAAUUUGCGAUGAAGAAAGCAUAGGUGUCUACUACGACGCUGCGGUAAAAGGCCUCCAGGCUCACUUACCGUAUGCUGAGACCCACCAUGGGGAGGAGUUGGCGGGUGCCGCCUUGCUUCUAGCGUAUCACGAACUCGAGGCUGGGACGGCUUUGGGCAUUAUAAACCACGCGACUGGCCUUGACACCAUUGCUUACAAGUUGGACUUUGCGGGUUCCCCAGUGCCUGGUCUCUUCAAGGCCUGGCGCAUGCUUCGGUACGAUCUCCGCCUCAUGAAACUACCCAUCAGGAGAACUUGCAACUCCGUCGAUGCCUUCGACGCAUCAAGUCUACUCGAUUCCCAGCUUGCCAUUCGAGAUAUUUUGUCGAGGGUCUGGGGCCUCCACGCCCGUCUUUCCAUGGAGGCAUCGUUCGCCCAUGACCCCACCGUCCAAGGCGCUAGUGCAUCCGAAAAGGUGGCAUCUUGGCUGAUAUCGGUACUCGGCCGCAAAUGCGACAACCGCAACUUCUGUUUACGAGACUUCCACAAGGACACUCUUACCUCGGAAUCCAUUCUUCAGCAGUGCCAUAUCUUCAGCCACCGGCUAGAUAACUGGCAUAAGGCUCUGUGUGACCACGACUUGCCGGUGGUCAACCUGGGCAACAAUUCGGGCAUAAUCAACGGUCCCACAUUUGAGACUUUUGUCAAGUACAAGUUCGCCGACGAGCGCAAAACCCUGGACUACGUCAUUUACCUCGUUUGCCGGAUGGGCUGCAGCUAUCUUCGCUCUUUAUUCGACCCAUCUGCGACCUCCUCGUCAACCGAUGCUCUAGGCAAAGUGAUACUGGGCAUCGCUUGUGGUAUGCAAACUCAUCUGAGACAGCAGUUCACAGUCAUUCGGAUGGACAUGCUGCUCGCAAUGGCUGCAUGCAUGUCUGAGGGGACCAACUUCGUAACAACGAUCCUUGAUUUCCUGAUACCUAGGAUAAUCGAACACGGCCUCACUGGGCCCGAUAUCGUGGCCUGGGUCUGGCUCAGAUCGUCCCUAGAACUCGGUCUGAGGGAGAGAAGGAAAGGGCGGAUCAUCAGAAUGAUCAUUGACGGGACCGAUGAGGACUCGGAGAUAUGGCAACUGGUGAACAGACACUCGGUUGCCGUUUUUGGGGAUUACAAUGGGAAGGGCCAUUUUCGCGAUUGCUAUUUCGUCGAAUACCUGGCAUAA